AUAAAAUUUUUCAGAGAUGAAAAACGAAUAGUGAAGCUGUGAGAGAGAGAGAGAGAGAGAGGGGGUCUCGACUCUCGACUCUCAUGCUCGCUCUGGUUUGCUAAUUUCUCAAUCAAAAUUACCAGCUGCCAUCGUCGCCUGCUUUAACUUCUUCUUCUUCUUCCCACUAGUGCUCUCUUCUUCUAGUUUCAAUUGUGACCUUUCGAUGGGAACCAUGAUGCUACAGUCAACUUUUCCGAUUCGGGAGAAAAAAAUCCAUGAAAGAUCGUUUAUUACUCUUGCAACUAGUCUGGUCCAGAACUGUUGCAGUGAGCCGAGUUUCAGUAUGCAGACAUCAAAGAUCGACUUUAACUCUGUCCCUUUUUUUCCCCAAAGGAGAUUUCAGUCAAGAAAGCAUCAAUGGGGAUUAGCCUUUGCCUUGGACACAGGUGGGGUUCCUGAUAAUGGUGGCCAAGAGAGCGUCAAUGACAACAGCAUCAAUGAUCUCAAUAGCACUCGUUUAGGUCGGAUAGUGACUGCAGCUGGAAGACAGCUAUUAGAGAAGCUGAACUUAGCUAGAAAAAACUUUCCCAUGAAGAUAUUUCUACUUCUUUUGGGUUUCUACACGGCAAAUGCAUUGGCCACGAUCCUUGGGCAGACAGGAGAUUGGGAUGUUUUGGUUGCAGGAAUUGUGGUUGCUGCUAUUGAGGGUAUUGGCAUGCUCAUGUAUAGAAAGCCCACUUCCCCUUCUUUAUCAAGUGGGAAGCUCAAGUCUUUUGUCAUGCUGAUGAAUUACUGGAAAGCCGGUGUGUGCUUAGGCCUCUUUGUGGAUGCUUUUAAAUUGGGUAGUUAGAAUAUGCUUUUAUCCCCUUGAGUAAUUUGCAUGGAAGAUGGAGAUCGAUGAUUAAUUCUUAAAUACGUUCUCCAUAACCUCCAUCGAUGGAUUGUUUAGGCCACAGUCCAAUUUCAACUGCAGUUGUGCAAAUAAGUAUAUAGUUCGUCUUAUAUUUGCAGUUCUUA